AUGCUGCUGGAGGAGGUCCGUGCCGGUGACCGGCUGAGCGGGGCCGCGGCCCGGGGCGACGUACAGGAGGUGCGCCGUCUUCUGCACCGCGAGCUGCUGCACCCGGACGCCCUGAACCGCUUCGGCAAGACGGCGCUGCAGGUCAUGAUGUUCGGCAGCCCCUCCAUCGCCCUGGAGCUACUGAAGCAAGGCGCCAGCCCCAACGUCCAGGACGCAUCGGGCAUCUCGCCGGCUCACGACGCUGCUCGCACAGGGUUCCUGGACACGCUGAGGGUCCUGGUGGAGCACGGCGCCGACGUGAACGCGCCCGACGGCACGGGAGCGCUCCCUAUCCACCUGGCCGUGCGAGAGGGCCACGCCGCGGUGGUCAGCUUCCUGGCCGCCGAGUCCGACCUGCAGCACCGCGACGCGCGGGGCCUCACGCCCCUGGAGCUGGCGCGGCAGAGAGGAGCCCAGGAGCUGGUGGACAUCCUGCAGGGGCGCGCGGGGGCGCAUCGGUGA